GGGUCGGCUGGGGUGCGGGGAUAGAACCUGCGUCUGCUUUCCCCAGCCCUGCGCGCUUCCCCGGCAAGGCUGGUUCCGGGGGUCCCCCGGGGCCGGCGGGGCGGGCGGGAGGCCGGGAGGAGCGGCCGCCGACGCAUCCGCCGCCGCCGCAGGAGGCGGAGCGCUGCACCUGGCGGCGGGUGCUCGGCGCUCAGCCCUGAAGCGGGUCCAGCUGGUAGCCAGCGGCGGAGGCACCCGGCCGUGGAGGAGGAGGAGGAAAGGUCGCCCCGGAGGGUGCGCUCGGUUCGCCGCUGCGGGUCGCCCCAAUCGGCCCGCAUCCCUCGGCCGCGCCCCGCCCGCCGCAGCCCCCGAGGAGCCAGCGACCCGCCCGAGAUGGUGCGCGACGCCCCGACAGCCGCCGCCCCGGCGCCCCAAGCCGCCGCCCCGCGCCGGGGGGAGAUGGCUCCCCGCGCCCCGCGCAGCUGAACGCCAGCGCCGCCCGCAGCAGAUCAACAAUAAAAAUUUUGAAAGUCACAAAACUUUAAAAUUUUCUGAUGGUGGUGAGAAGCCAUGGCGGCAGAUGAUAAAGUUGCCAUCUUAACCGAUGAUGAAGAGGAACAGAAGAGAAAAUACGUGCUUGCUGAUCCCUUUAAUGGUAUUUCCAGGGAACCCGAACCACCUUCAAAUGAAACACCCACCUCCACAGAAACAUCUGCUCUUCCUGAGGAGGAAGUAGACUGGAUAGAGAAACAUUGUGUUAAAAUAAACAAUGAUCUUCUGAUAUCCAAGGUCUUCUAUUUUUUCUUUUACUCUGCAUAUGGCUCUCUUUACCCACUUCUGCCUGUGUAUUAUAAACAGCUGGGAAUGUCACCAAGCCAGAGUGGAUUGCUAGUAGGUAUCCGAUACUUCAUUGAAUUCUGCAGUGCCCCAUUUUGGGGUGUAGUUGCAGAUCGCUUUAGAAAAGGCAAAAUUGUCCUCCUCUUUUCUCUUUUGUGUUGGGUUUUAUUCAACUUGGGCAUUGGAUUUGUCAAACCUGCUACCUUGAGAUGUGUACCAAAGAUUCCCCCAACGUCUCGUCCCACCAACUCAAGUCAUCUGUUAACUAUCCCGCCAACCAAUUCUUCCAUUACCACAUCACCAAGAAUGCGUGAGAAAAGGAGCCUGCUCCCUUCCACUUGGCCAGUGAUAUUAGAAACAGAGCCCAAUGUCACCGAAACUGUCAUCUUUUCGACAGCUCCAAACAAGACCAGUGCACCCACCCCACAACCUCAGACAGAUGAAAUUACUGACCAUAUUAUGGACUUGACCUUGAAUCCGAGCACGGCAACCCCUGCCUUCCUGGGAAAUGUAACCAGAGAGACGACCACCGCUAUUGUCACUACCACCAAAUCUUUACCUUCUGAUCAAGUCACUCUUGUUUAUGAUCAACAAGAAGUUGAGGCUAUAUUCUUGGUGAUAUUGGUAGUUGUCAUAAUAGGAGAAUUUUUCAGUGCCUCUUCUGUCACCAUUGUGGACACUGUAACACUUCAGUAUCUGGGAAAACACAGAGAUCGCUAUGGAUUGCAGCGUAUGUGGGGCUCCCUGGGCUGGGGCCUGGCGAUGCUGUCUGUGGGCAUUGGGAUUGACUACACACACAUAGAAGUGAUCAUUGAUGGAAAGGGGUGUAAACCCCCUGAAUAUCGGAACUACCAGAUCGUCUUUAUUGUCUUUGGGGUUCUCAUGACCAUGGCUUUGAUUGUUGCCACUCAGUUCCGGUUCCGCUACAACCAUUUCAAAAACAAUGAAAAUAAAGGAAAAGAGGUGGAGAUCCCUCAAGUGGAGAGAAACAGCUCUACAGAGUCCUCUGAGGAGACACCAACCACCACAAGCCACUCACAAGCCUUCAACUUUUGGGACUUAAUCAGACUGCUUUGCAGUGUGCAGUAUGGCUCGGUGUUGUUCGUGGCAUGGUUUAUGGGUUUUGGAUAUGGCUUUGUGUUCACCUUUCUCUACUGGCAUUUGGAAGACUUGAAUGGAACUACAACUCUCUUUGGGGUCUGUUCAGUCCUGAGUCAUGUGUCUGAGCUGACAGCUUAUUUUUUUAGUCACAAGCUUAUUGAAUUGAUUGGCCAUAUCAGGGUUCUGUACAUUGGCCUGGCUUGCAAUACGGCUCGCUAUAUUUAUAUUUCCUACCUGGAAAAUGCCUGGACUGUUCUCCCCAUGGAAGUUCUUCAAGGAGUGACACAUGCGGCCAUCUGGGCAGCGUGCAUUUCUUAUCUCAGUGCAGCAGUUCCCCCUGAGCUGAGGACGUCUGCUCAGGGCAUCCUGCAGGGCCUUCACCUAGGUUUGGGGAGAGGUUGUGGUGCCAUGAUCGGAGGCGUAUUAGUCAAUUAUUUUGGGGCUGCCGCAACCUUUCGAGGAAUCGGCAUGGCCUGCCUGGUGAUCCUCCUGCUUUUUGCCCUGAUCCAGUGGCUGGCAGUGCCCGGUGAGGAGGAAGACAAGACAAUGUUGGCAGAAAGGAUUCCCGUGCCCUCUAGUCCUGUUCCCAUAGCCACCAUUGACUUGGUACAGCAACAGACCGAAGACGUCAUGCCACGCAUUGAGCCCAGACUUCCUCCCAAGAAAACCAAGCACCAGGAAGAACAGGAGGACGUGAACAAGCCAGCCUGGGGCGUCAGCUCCUCCCCCUGGGUGACCUUUGUCUACGCACUCUACCAAAUUAAAGAGAUGAUGCAGCUAACAAGAGACAACCGUGCUCCUGAGAUACAGCCUUUGCAGGGGACCAGUGAGAAUCGGGAAAAUUCUCUAGCUGGUGGAGUCCGGCCUGUCCCAUGUGAGACUCAUUCUGACCCAUCCAGAAACCAGCCAUCCCCUCAAGCAGCAGCAUCUCGGACACAGAGCAGCCCCACUCACCCCAGUGUGGACCAGCGUGUGGAGAAGGAGGACCAGCAGGCUCAGCCUGCCGCUGGGGGACACUGAGGGCUCCCACUCAUCUCCCACCCUGCAUGGAACUGGGCCCCUCUGCCAGGACAGAGGGAGAGGCUCCCUGAACCCAAGACAUGCCUCACCUUGAGAAGCAUAGCACUAUAUACUCUUCUAAAUACCUGAACUCAUCAACAUGGAAACACACACAUACACACACACACACACACACACACACACACACACACACAGAAGCUACAGUACAUAUUGGCAGAAACAGGUAAAUUUCUAUAAUCCCACUGGAAUCACAGAAGGGAAAUAAGAGUUCGGUAAGGACUUCAGUUCUUUGGUUGGUUAGGUUAAGAACUGUAGGACUUCUUUGCCAGGGCAGUUAGGGUUGAAAGCAGCAGUUACACUAAGUAAGUGGAGGGAAAGAAAGUGUUUCAAGGUGAAUGCUGAUACAGUUUCCCUCUUUUGAUUAUUUAUUCUAAUUAUUUGGUUCUUAAUGCAAACUGGGAAGAAAUAAAAUAUAUCUAUAAUUUUGUUUCUCUUGAAGAGAGCUAUUUAAAAAAUUACAAGACAUAUUUAAGAAGUAGCCAGAUAAAAGUUACUAGCUUAUAUGCUUUUGUUUAAAAAACAAAACAGAGAAACAGGAAAAAGUUUCAUCAGAAACUUGGCAUAUCUCUAGCAAAUAUAUUUUUAUAUGUAUAUCGUAUAUAAUGAAAAUAGUCCAUUCUUUGAGCAGCAAAAGCCGUACUGACUACCACAAACUAAGCUGAGCUUUAAAUGCCUUUUGUUUUUAAAUGGGCUUUAAGACAAGAGGACAGAAUAUUUCAAAUAAACCAACCAACUCAGUAUCCUAUGGCUUGACAGACAAGGGUUUACCAAAUAUAUUGAUACUGUAAAUAGCCUCUAUCACUAUUUCACAAUUUUAUAGUGAUUUGGGCUCUAAAUAGCUGAUGGAAUUCUUAAAAAAAUCACUGAAUUCCUAAGGGUUUCUUUAAUUAAGCAGUACUAUUUACAAAUAACAGUAUAAGAUUUAAGUGCCUGGGAGAGGGAUUAUAAUUUUUAAAAAUUACACAAUGGGUAAGUUUUUGUUUUGUUUUUGGUGAAGGGAAAAGGUGGUGAACAGGAAGCCAGGAAUGGAAAGGAUUAAGAAGUAACUAUAUUUUCCAAUGACUAAAGAAAUAAUCUCAGUGUAUUCCUUUUCAUGAAGAUACAGUCAGACACUGGACAGAUGAGACAGGGGUGUGCUACUGUAAAUAUUAUACCUAUAGUCAGAACAGUGGCUAGGUGACUCACGCAUAAAGCUUGCUGCUAAAAAUGAAAAGCUAAGGAUACUAAGAAGCCUUGGGGGAGGGCUGUGGAAAAAGCACUGCUUUAGCUGAAUGAAGGUCAAUGGUAUGUGUAAUAACUGUGAGUGAGCACAGGAGAGAGGAAAGAAAAGAACAGAAUUAAAAAUGAGAAACUCACCUUACCUCCUGACCCUGAUUAGACAAGAUCAGUUGUAAAGUGAGGGCCUCUCCACGACACCAUACUUCUUCCCAAUACUGCAUCUGGGAGAAGAAAGUCUAUACUUGGAUGUUUAGCUUUGCCACAAAACACAGCUUAAAAAUUAAAUAAUGGAAAGAAAUAGAAUUAAGCAAAUAGUUAUUUUUGCACUUGAACUGAAACGUACUGUACUGUAAAUUAUCAUGACUCAUUUUAAGUGACCUUUAAAAUCAGAUGUAUUUAUUAUGCUUAUGUAACUAUAGAAAUAAAGAAGUGGCUGACAGGCUGAACCUCACCUAUGAAUGUACAGUAUGUGGAUUUGUGACACUGACUUUAGGAAGUCAAAAACUUAUACUGUGUCUUGUGUUUACAGUUCUGAUUUAUUCCUUUGAAAAGCCUGCUGUUUUGGAAAUGCACAGUUGACAUGUUGAAAUAAAAAUAAAUAUCAUUUUUAAAUAUUUCUUAAAUGAUAAAGAUGUGACCAAACAAAUAAAAGCCCUUUACUGUGGAAUAAUUGAGACCAAAUUCAACAGGCCUUUGUUAUGGAACAUUUACUAUGAACGCUGAUGCAUUGAUGCAGUAAUUUCUAGCCUUUUUAGGGAAGAUACCUUCAUGGGGUUCUGCACUCUGUAACUUUUUCUUGCUGUCCUCAAAGUGCCAUGUGGCAUUUUAAAAAAUAUUAAAGUGUAUUCAAAUUAAAUUGAUACUUUUAUAACCCCAGUUGAGAUUCCUUGGGAAUCCCCAGAGUUGUCACAAAACCUGGGCUGAUAUAAUCACUGUCUUAAGUCUUAUUUCAUACUCUUUCUCUUAUGAGUGUAGAAAGAGUAAAUUAUCGGAGUCCUGAGCUUGUGUGGAUCCAAAAAGGCUAGUUGCUAAUUAUCAAACUAUUUAUUCAAAGCCUCAAGUAGAAUAUUAGAUGAUUAUAACACACAUAGAUCCACUAGCCGGUAAACCUCAGGAAUAGCCUAAGUUAUUCAUAGGAAGAACAACACUACUUUACUGGCUUACUACUCUCACCAUGGGCCACAGGAAGUGAUUGCCUCAACACUUCCCAGAUUUGCAGUUCCUCCAGUAAAGUGGGGUGGGGGCUGCUGGUGAUACUGGGACCAUUACCUAAGCAGUAUUCCUUCAAGCCAAUCUGGAGUUAAGCAGUGAAUCUUGGAAAAGGAGAACCACAUCUACAGUUACUGGGUUUGGUUGUGUGCCGAGGAGAUUUAACUUUUUGUCCUUAAAACAACCCAGUGUAGCUCCUAGAAUAGGAACUCCUAUAAUAGGAAGAGUCUGCAGCUAAUAGAGCUUACCUCAUGGAACCGAGAUCACAGAGCCAGGAUUCAAACUGAAACCUGCCUGAUGCCAAAGCUCAGGUCCACCCAGCACCUUCCCCCAGAAGGUGGGGAGGCCACUCCAUGCUUCUGCUGUGGUAGAACAAGCUACAGAGCAGCCCUGGCCUGCACCUGUGCCUGAUUCGUGUAUGUGGUUCUAUUUCCAUUAGGAUUUCUAGAUAUUCCAAGAUACCUAGAAAUCCAGUAACUUCAAACCCCUGGUGUUUUGUUAGUUGUGAGUGUCAUACCCCUUAUACUCUGGAGGUGACUUGGAUAGUCUGGCAACCCUGUAGACAAAAUUUGGGAGGCUGACCGGGACCCUGAAGGCCCAUGUCACAGGAGUCAGGAAAGACAAGCCAGUACCCAGGAGCAACGGCUUUGGUAAAGCAGCACCGUCUGGUAUGGUAGUCAUUAGCCACAGGUGGCUAUUAAGCACUUG